UAUUUCCAAGAUGUCAGCCCCCUUGCUCCAACUUAGUCUACGUGGUUGAGAUUGUUUCCCUUCAUAUUUCGAAUAUAAUGAGCUAUUUUUAGGGACUCUAUUGUCCUCUGUUUAUUGGAAACAACAAUCAAAUCACAAUGUCUGGUAAAAAAUUUGUGAAGAGUUGUCAGGACAACUGGCGAACAGUCAUUCCGUAUGUUCCUCGAUCGGUGGUUUUCCUGGACGGUUCCGUCGCCGAAGCGCUCCACUGGACCUCCGGCGCAGCUACGCUGUUUCAAGCAGGAGCUCUGAACCUAAAGGAGUUUUCAUCGUUCGAGAGUUGUACCAAAGAUGAAGUCAAGGCCGUAUUCAUCGUCAGUGACCAAAUCACUGCCACAACCCAAGAGAUCCUAGAAGACAUCAUCUGUGCCAGCCACUUCCAGUACUGUGUACUGAUCACAACUCUGCCCGAGUCCCUGCAUCAGCAUCUAUCAGGCAACGCAGCAUCGGGAGGCGGAGAAGGGAGUGGCAACCAGUCUCUCUUUCAGGAGGUGGAGGAGAGAAUGAGAGGAUGGAUGAGACACAAAACUACCGUGUAUGAAGCUGACGUGGUGCAUAUUCCCCUCUCUGUGGCUUGUACGUCACCCAACCUCUUCUUCUUGCCGUCGUUUACCACUCUCUUCCCUCUUUUGGACGCUGAUCUGUUACCUAUCAGGAAUUACAUGCAGGCUAAUGUUGAGAAGAAGCCUCCAGAGAGUGUGUCUGAUGUUGAUAUCAGCAUGCUGCCUGAUGAGCUACAACGGGACAUCAAGAUGAUGGUGUCCACUCUGAGUUGUCUCUGUGAGACCCUCGAUGUGAACGAAGACAUCUAUUGCCUGGGACCCACAAGCCGAGUGAUUGCGGGAGAAUUAGCCCAGCUCGUAUCUGCAAGGGCCAGAAGAAAAGCUGCAACUAAUCGAGCCAGCAUUCUCUUCAUCGAUAGAACCUUGGACAUGGUGGCACCCACGUCUCACAGCAGAGACUCAUUCGCUGAUAAGAUCAUGUCUGCCCUGUCCCCUCUAGAAGGUCAUUCAUGUGAUGUAGCUGUGGAUAUGUCUGCCCUGUGCUCUCCCGGAAGUCAGUACAAACCUAGUGUCUUGCUACCAGGUUGCCUGGCUCAUCCUCAUGAUCAACAAUCAAAGGAUUUACUCCAGACACUUACAACCUCCAAACAAAAGGAGAGUCUGAUGGAGGUGAAUCGACGAGUCGUAGAGACAAUAACAAGAGAGAGGCUACCCUUUGAUCCAUCGGCUGCCAAGAUUGGACGCAUCAAUGCAGAUUCACUUCAAGCUCACCUCAACAAUUUCAAGGACAAUCCAACAGCCUUCCGCAAUGCAUGCCCUCUGCUCCAGCUAGCCUCUGCUUGUGUACAGACACUCACCAGUCCGACCCUUUCUCGGUGGGACGAUUUGCAAACCACUGAGAAAAUGCUCCUGCAGAAUGCUGGAGAAGGGAACGGCCCAUCGGUCACCAGUAUCAUCUUGGAUCUGCUACAGAACCAAGCGAAGCAGGGGAGAUCGUACUCCUUGGAAGAAGUUGUUCAGCUGAUUCUGUACGGCUACUCACUGACGGGGGAUGAAGCAGGGGGAAGCUUUGAAGAAGAUCGCCGGCUACAGAAGCACAUUAGUCAACUCAUAACACAAGCACCAGACAAUUCAGAAGUAGUGAGGCUGCUAGUUGGAGAGGAGAGAUCCGAAGCAACAGCUCAGAAGGUGGCAAAGGAGAUCAUGUCUAAAGUGAAAUCCAUUUCAAGAGCCAGGAAUACCCUGCAAAGGUUCAUGGACGUUUUCAGUCCUGGUACUGCCACUCAUCCAUCAAGCUACUCGCCCCUCGUGAAGCAAGUCAUGAAGAGUGUGUUUGACCCGUCCAAGCCUGAUCUGGUCGACAUUGAGUACAAGUCCAGUGGAUUCAGAGACCUCCUCAAAACAAAAUUCAGAUUAUUCAUGAAUGUCGGUAAGCCCCGCCCUAGCGACCAUCCUCUGCUCGUCGUCUUCAUGGUGGGAGGGGUCACAUGUUCGGAGGUCAAGCACAUUAAGGAGACGGUAGCAUCCCUAUCACCUAACACUCAGGUGGUGGUAGGAUCAACAAGAAUCCUAAGAGAAUCAGAUGUCCUGGACCACGUCUUUGGACAAAAGCCACUUUCGUUCUGAAACACCAGAACAUUGUGAUGCAUCUACUAGAUACUGUGAAACCUUGGACUAUGUCUUCGGACAAGUGCUACUUUCAUACUGAAACACCAGUAUGUUCUAUCGGAUGGAUUAACUAGAAUCAUAAGAGAAUCAGAUGUCUUAGACCACGUCUUUAGACAAAAGCCACUUUCGUACUGAAACACAAGAACAUUGUGAUGCAUCAACUACAUGUAGAUACUGUGUUGCCUUGGACCGUGUCUUUGGACAAAAGCCACUUUCGUACUGAAACCCCAGAACAUUGUGAUGCAUCAACUAGAAACUGUGAUGCCUUGGACAUUGUCUUUGGACAAAAGCCACUUUAGUAUCGAAACACCAUAAUGUUCUAUUGGAUGGAUCAACUUGAAUCUAAAGAGAAUGUUAUGCCAGCCACAGGCAUGCCCUUGUUAACUCCCUAGAAAGUACUUUAGAAUAGAUCAACCAGAAUCUUGAGAGCCCUGAGCCAUAUUCAAUUCAGUACAUGAAUUACGUCAGUAUUUCACUUAGCAUUUUACUUGGCUAAGUAAUAUGUCUUAAUUCAUAUUCAGAUCACAUCUGAGAAUUUUGCUUUCGUAAGCCGACUUUAAAGUAAAAUACUUACUGAUCAUCAUCGUGACGUCACAUUGUCAAUCAAAAAUAAUGCGCAAUUAAUGUGUCACAUUAAAUGGACGCUAAUUUAAUUGUGCACAGGUUAUGAUACUGCGUUAGAAAACCAUAUGCCUGCCAAUCAAAUCCUCCAAAUAGUUGACCUUAAUCAGCUAGGGAGUUGUCUUAAAUUUAGAGUAAAAUGCUUGGCUAAAAGCUUCAACUGAAUACAAAAGUUGGCUAAGUAUUUUAUGUAAGCCGAAAAAACUAAGUAAAAUACUGGUAUUUCUGACAUAAAUGUUAAAUUCAGUACUUGUCCUUAGGGUGUUUCAAAAAGUCUAAGGUCAACUUUAAGUUGGACUUAA